GGACUAGGCUUAAGCCUUGCUGGUGAGACCAGGGGUAUGUUUUUUUUAUAAAUAUUACAAACGCUUGUGGUUGCUGUGAUCCAGGACUAUUAAAAUAUAACAAAAUACAGAACGUUUUAAAUAAUUAAUCUGAAAUAGCCAACGUAACGACACAAUGUAAAACUACCACUUACUAUCCAUUCUACCUCAUAAAAUAUAUUUCCACAAAAUCAAACUUCAUAAACUUCUUCUGUGCUUUUAUUUUGUAUAAUAAACGGAAGUUGCGUAGUGCGUGACUACCGCGACGUUUCCGCAGCGUCCUUGUCCACAGCCACUCCCACAGGAAAAUCUCUGUUUUGAUUUGAAUUCAACCAACCAAACGCAAGCAGAGGCGGAUUUUCACGGGCAGAGGGAAUUUUGAAAAUUUCACCCUGCUAUUUACACUCUUACACACAUAAAAAUUACUAUAAUAUAACUUUAUUAAAAACCCGACUACCUAGGAGUUUGUGUUUUAUCUUAAGGAGUGAAAAUAACUAGAUACAGCUCGUAAAAAGUGAGUCUAAUGGCGGUUACUGAACUAGCCAAGCCAGCAGCAACAGAACGCUAAGCUCUUUAAAUCGCCAUUUUAAAGUUUCGUAAAGUUUUACUUCAUGGACUCUGCCUAAUACACAAUAAUGAAAGCGAUGAAAGAGGAGACUGCUGAAAUUAAACAGACUAACGACGACAAAGACCUCAUUUGUAGUCUUUGUAAGAGGUGCGACAACAUUCCAGAGAAGUAUGGAGAAAAAGUCACCCUUCAACAACACAACCUGACCGUCCACUAUUUCUGUCUGCUGAUGUCCAGUGGAAUUUGUCAGAGAGGGGAGGAGGAUGAAGACGUUCAUGGUUUUCUCGUGGAUGACAUAAAAAAGGAGAUCCGCAGAUCUUCGAGGCUGAAGUGCACGCACUGCAGAAAGGUUGGUGCUUCGGUGGGAUGCUCCAUCAAAAGCUGUCGGCAAAUGGUCCACAUGCCUUGUGGAUUAGAGCAGGGGUUUAUUUUCCAGUUUACUGGCUUGUUUCCGUCUUUCUGUAAAAAACAUGCACCUAGUCAGUCCUGUGUCUCCAGCCCCAGUCUGCCACUCUCCUGCUCCGUCUGUCUGGAGCCCAUUGAACCCGUCCUCUCCUACAACGUCCUCAAGUGUCCUGCGUGCCAUGGAAGCUGGUUUCACAGAGAUUGUGUACAGCAUUAUGCACACAGUGCUGCCAUGUUUUUCCUCAAAUGCACACUCUGCAAUAACAAAGACCAGUUUCAGCAGGAAAUGCUCAGAAUGGGAAUAUAUAUACCGGAGCGGGAUGCAUCAUGGGAACUAGAAGAAAAUGCAUAUGGAGAGUUACUGCAAGUGUACCAGCACUGUGAUGCUGUAAAGUGUCGCAGUCACAAAGGUCGUGAACACAGCUCACAGUCAGGGCUUUUUGAAAUUGUUCGUUGCAAGUUGUGUGGAUCCAGGGGAACUCAUAGGAAGUGCUCCAACCUUAGGCUUUACGAAACCGACUGGAUUUGUUCUGUCUGUAAAGCUGCUGUUGAGGAAAAUAAGUCAGUGCAAUUGCCAAACCAUGUUGAAUCACCACUGGCUAUAAGGCAAGAGAGGAAGAGGCUGUUUAGGAGCAUUUCUGACCUGCACUCUUCACUCGUCACUAAAAGGCAGUGUGUGCCAGCCACUUCUCCAGAGGUCUUAAUGGCUCUGGCCUGUCAGAUAUCACCACAGCAGUCCACGGAGGUGCUAGUGGGAGAUGAUGAUGGGGUGAUGGAAGCAGCUCUGCAGGUUCUGCGGCAAAGUGACUUUAAUCCCUGCUGCACACUUUCUGUGAAAUUCUCCAAAGACAAACUGAACAACAACAUUAGGAAUCAGCGUUGCUUUCUCAGACGCCUUGUUUCGAAACUGCAGAUGUCCGAAAUCUUUGAGGGACCUGAUGGAGCUAAAAACCUGGCUCUGAACUCAAAAGCUCUGAGGGAUGAUCUUUACUUUGAAGUCGGCAGUCUGUUGGCCCUCUCUUUGAUUCACGGAGGUCCUCCUGUGGGCUUCUUCUCUCCAGCGCUCUACCAUAGUCUGUUCAACUUCCCCACAAACUACAGGCCUACUUUACAAGACCUCGGAGACACUGCUUUUGCUCACAAAAUCAGACAGAUUGCCGAAGCAAAGUCAAUGAAGGAGCUGAGAAAUGCGAUGCAGUCAGCGUCACAAUACUUGGAAGCAGCAGGCUGCUGGAGAAAGAUUAGCAAACUCUCAGAGAAGGACAUGUUGGUGGAGGAUGUACUAAAUUUCUACCUGAUCAUCAGAUUACAGCUACCUCUGCAGAGAUUUCGUGAAGGUUUGAGGACACUAGGACUGUUUGAGCAGGUUCAGAUGUGCACAGAAGCUUUCUUUUCAGUCUUCUGUGGGCCUUUGGAGAGGCUAACGGCUGAAUCUAUCAUGGAGCUCUUUACUCCCCGGUUUUCAGAGGAAAAGGAGCAACAAGCAGAAGAAAACAAAACAAUAAACUAUUGGAAACGGUAUCUGCAUGAGUGUGACGAGGGUCGGUGCGCAGCGUCACUUGAGGACAUCCUAACGUUCGCCACUGCUACAGAUUUGGUUCCGUCUAUUGGAUUCAAACCCACCCCGUCUAUUUCAUUCUUCAGCUCACCAGACCCCUCAUGUGCCUUUCCUCAGAGCAACUGUGAUGCUAAUCAUCUCAUUCUGCCUAUACUACCCUCUUAUGAGCUCUUCAAGAAACACUUGGAUUACACCGUGUGUCAAUACUCAGUUAUGCAGGACAUUUAAACUGGAUGUUUCAGUAGAUUCACGGUAUACAUUUACCUAAUGAUUUACAAUGGUGCUAAAAGUCUAUUUAUUGGGGUUAAUGAGUAUUUUUAUAAAUGGUAUUUUUUAACCUAACUUACUUUAGCAUUAAUUGAUCAUAGGUUGCUCCUCAUUUUAUUUGUAGUCUGAUAAACCAAGGUGUUGCUAACUCUUCACAGUUAUGUAGCAGUACAUUGGAAUCCCUCAACAGAGAAGAGACCAUUUGACAGCUUUGCUUUGAGCCGUUGAACACUAUUGGGGCAUGAACUACAAAUCAAUACAUUCUACAGAAUCAUAUAAGUGAUAAGAUCAUCUGUUCUUUGUGUGUUUUCAAAAAUAUAUAUAUGUUUUUGUAAAUGUAGGCUUAGGGAGUUCUGGAAAGCUGAUCAAGUGCAUGUAAAUGUUUUGCUCAUUAUAAUGGUGUAGCAGCUGACUUUACCAGCCACACACUUCAGAAGUGCACUGGUUUUAGCUUAUAGCAUUACCAAAGUUUAUACUCUUAAGUAGUUAAAUGUUUUGUGUUCUGCUGAGCAGCAUGGUUAUUUAGCAGUUUUUUUUUUUUCUCAUACAAAAACAGUUGACCAAAGCCAGAUUGUUGUAAUUUCCUGGUAGCCACAAGAUGGUGCAAUUGGAAGUUUUUUUUGCCACACAAUAGGCACGAGCCCCCCUACAUAUCAAUCAGUAGAGAGUUGAUCUCACUGUUUGUACCAGAGAGCCAUAUUAGAAUCAUACAAAAUUAAUAGGUAUGCGUUUGGACUGGAAUAGUGCUUCAUUUCUCCAGAGGUAGUUUGAAAGUGCAUGAUAGCUUGCCAGCUCUAUAUCAUAACUUAUUAAACUUUUUUUUACUUAUGUUA